AUUUGCACGAAACACGGCCGGAUGUCAUCAGAGCAAACCGGAACAACGCCAUGCUACUGUCAUUGGUUUGUUUCUGUGAAACUUGAAGAGGUAGUAGUGGAAUUAUUUUUCAUUUACGUCCUCUAUUAGGUUGAUAUUUAUUGGGGACAGAUGUGAGGUGACCGUGAGUACUCGACUGUUUUAACUUGAGGUGACAAGUAAAGGUUAUUGACCAUGUUCUCCUCCAAAGUGGGUUGUGUGCAGAGGCUGUUGCAGUUGAGACACACAGCAGUUUGCUUCUCUGCUGCCUGUGGAAAAACAGCCUCCUCUUCCACACUGGUUCUGGGCAUUGAGACGAGCUGUGAUGACACUGGAGCUGCUGUGUUGGACGAGACAGGUGCAAUACUGGGAGAGAGUCUUCAUUCACAGAAACAAGUACAUCUGAGGACUGGUGGUAUCAUCCCCACAGUAGCACAACACCACCACAGAGAAAACAUUGAGCGUGUGGUCCAGGAGGCAUUGGACAGAAGUGGUGUGGACCCGAGCCAGCUCACAGCUGUGGCCACCACGGUGAUGCCAGGCUUGGCUUUGAGCCUCGGCAUCGGCCUUGAAUUCAGUCAGAGGUUUGUGAGGCACCACAACAAGCCGUUCAUCCCCAUCCACCACAUGGAAGCUCACGCACUGACAGUCAGGAUGCUGCAACCUGUUGAAUUCCCCUUCCUGGUCCUGCUCGUGUCUGGCGGUCACUCUCUUCUCGCCGUGGCCCGAGGAGUUGAUGACUUUCUGCUUCUGGGUCACACUCUGGAUGAAGCUCCUGGAGAUACACUAGAUAAAGUGGCGAGACGCUUGUCCCUCAUAAAACACCCACAGUGCUCCAGUCUCAGUGGAGGACAGGCUAUAGAGCUUUUGGCGAAGAAUGGCGACAAGACAAAGUUUCCGUUCAGGACACCCAUGGGCCAAACGCACGACUGCUGCUUUUCUUUUGCCGGAUUACGUACUCAAGUUAAUAUGGCGAUAAUGAAAAAAGAGGCAGAGGAAGGUGUAGAAGAGGGGACUUUACUGUCAUGUGUGGGUGACAUCGCAGCUGCCACGCAGCACACAGUCGCCGCUCAUCUUGCAAAGCGCACACACCGCGCCAUCUUGUUCUGCAAGGCAAAGGGCCUGCUGCCAUCUAACAGUCCCACCUUGGUUCUGUCUGGAGGAGUUGCAAGCAACCAGUAUAUCCGAAAGGCUUUGAGCGUCAUCACUGAGAAGACAGGACUGCAGCUGUUCUGUCCUCCAGCCAAGUUCUGCACUGACAAUGGAGUCAUGAUUGCGUGGAAUGGCGUUGAACGCCUGAGAGAAGGGAAAGGAAUUCUGCCUCCAGAUGUGGAUGUCCGCUACGAGCCAAAGGCGCCACUAGGUGUCGAUAUGACAGCAGAGGUGAAGGCAGCAAAGAUCAGGUUGCCUUCAGUCAGGAUCAAGAUCCUCAGCUGACAAGACUGCUGCUGCUUCUGUCCUCUGCAAAGCAAACACUCCUGGAUAACUUUCCAGGUUCAAAGCAUAUAUACUGUGUAUACCCUUAUUUUAAGUAUGUUUUAAAGCUCAUUACAUAUUUAUUUAUGAAUAAAUGUGUCUUUUUUUUAUUAAUUUGUUGUUGCGUCUUUUAAGUAUGUCACAAAAUGUCCUGAAAUGUAAAUUUAUGUGCUUUUCUAGUCUUGAUGUAAUUGUGUCACUAAAUUGUGACAAAAUCGCUCGGCUCACAAAAAAAGAAUUAUUAUAUUCAAUCAACAGAAAUGUUCAAUUUAAUGUAUGUUUAUUGAUAUUUAACAUUCUGGUGCAACACUGCAGGUCAGAGGGCAGAAAACUCUGACUCGGAACCAUGCUGUCGACGUAAACCAUCUUCUCGGAUUCUCACAUGACAGUCAUCAUGUUACAGUUUCUAACCCACUGACUCGACUACAUUGUGCGAGGUUGUGGUUUGGCCCCUGUGCUGCCAAACCACAACACAAUAGAA